UUUCAUUCAUCAGUCAAUACUCAUCAAUUUAUUCUGUAAACACAACAGCUUUGUGAUACCAUUGUUUUUUCAAGAUAUCCAGCUACACAAAAUAUUGUAGCUCGUAAAAAUGUCGGCAGAUAGUUCGCCGAUCAAACUACCGAAAUCUCAGAGUGAAAUCCAAACUUUAGAUGCUUUCGAAAACCAAGACACAUUAAUUAAGCAUGUUGAUAUAUCAAUAGUGGAAUCCGAGAAACGGGCUAAUGGAACACUGCAUGUACGAGAUCAUUAUACUGUGUACUUAAUUGAUGUAAAAGUAACUGAUCCAGAAUAUAAAUUAGUGCAGUCUAAAAUAAAUAUGAUAUGGCGAAGAUACACUGAGUUUGAACAGAUUCAUGACUAUUUACAAGUUACAUAUCCACAUGUAGUUAUUCCACCAUUGCCUGAAAAAAGAAUUCUUUAUGCAUGGAGGAAAUGUGACACAACAGACCCUGAGUUCAUAGAGCGCCGUCGUGCUGGCCUUGAAAACUUUUUGCUGCGGGUCGCAUCACACCCGAGACUGUGUUUUGAUGAUCAGUUCAUAAAUUUUCUGCAGCAGGAGCAUGGAUGGCGAGAAACUAUCACUGAUAGUGGAUAUCUUCUACAAGCUGAAAAUAAGCUAAAAUCAUUGUCUGUAUCAAUAAGACUUAAAAAACCAGAUCCAGAAAUUGAUAGUGUUAAAAACUACGGGAAACAACUAGAAACAAAUUUAGGAAACUUUCUUUAUACAAGAUCUAAAAUAAUAGAAAAAAACUAUGCUCUAUGCAAACUUCACGCAAACUAUGGCAAGCUAUUCAGUGAGUGGAGUGUCAUAGAGAAAGAGAUGGGUGAUGGCUUACAAAAAGCAGGACAUUAUUUUGAUUCCAUAGCAGAUUCAAUAGAGUCUAUAGCCGAGGAUGAAGAACAACUGGCAGACCAGCUCAAGGAGUAUUUGUUCUUUGCAGCAGCCUUGCAGCAAUUAUGUGCGAACCAUGAAGCACUACAACGCAAUCUUGAGAAUGCUAAUGAUGCUUUGAACAAUAGGAUAGCGGAGCGCAGCCGCGCGGCGGCGGGCAAGGCGGGGCUGAUGUCGCGGCUCUUCGGCACCACGGAGCCGGACAUCGUGCGCGACCAGAGCACGCGCGCGCUCGACGCCAAGAUCGCCGCCGACCGCCUCGCCAUAGAGCGCGCGCGGGCCGAGCUCCAGGAGUUCUCAAAGAAAGCGACUGUUGAAAUUGAAUAUUUCCAAAAGCAAAAGGAUAAAGACCUUCAUGAGUCACUCGUCAGUUUCAUCGCUUUGCAAGUGAAAGCAGCUAAAAAGAACCUACAAGCCUGGACACAAAUCAAGGAAUGCCUUCAAAACAUGCCUUAAGACAAGAAGACACGAAAAUAUCCUAACAAAUGUUUAAUUUAUUUUAUACUGUAUAAAGAAAUUAAAUUUUUAUAUUUCACUUUUUGCGUAGUUGCUCUGUAAUUUUACAGGGUGUGGUUAUUGGUCAAUAUUAUAUAAGUAUUGUGGAAAAACUUUUCUGAACUGUGUGAAUUAUAGAGAGUCCAGAGAGGUCUUUAUGUCUAUGUUUCAGGCAUUUUUUCAUAGAUAACAUUGUGCAGGAAACUGUUCUUAUAGAGGACUAAUGUAGUAUCGGAGCAAAGGAGGGUGGUGAGAGCCAAUUCGUGGGCGGCAUACAAAAGGGGAGGCAGGAAGCGGCAAUUUAUUAAUAAAAAAAGACUUAGAUAUUCGAAAUAGUGAACAAAAAAUUUUCAGAAAAAGCCUGGUGACGGAUGGACAAUCCGGUCGCACGUCUUAGUAUUAGGGCCCCGUUUCACGCUGUUCACAGAAGCCUAAGAAGGGGUGUUGUAUUAACAAUCGGCCCCAGGCGACUAAAUUCGCUUUUCGCCGUAAUCCAAGUGCAACAC